UCACGCGGCGGGCAGGCUCCGUGUGUAAGGUGGCGUCCCGGCCCCGCUUGCAGUCAGCGCGCCGCUGUGGAUCCUCGCCGGCUGCUCCCGCGGCGGGGCAGGGAGGAUGGAGUGACCGGCUUGAAAAGCCUCGCCCCGUCCCUUCUCGGGGACCGCUCCGGAGCGAGUAAAACCUCCCGGUGCGGACCAGUUGGGGGGCUCGCGGCGAUGCUGGCUGCCUGCUGAGCCGGCCCGGAGGCGGAGGCGGAGGCGGCGGCGGGGUGGGGGCCUGUUCCCGGCCCGGCUGAGCUGAGCACUUGGGGGAAAGUUACCCCACCUGUUCGCCCGCGUCCUGGGAGCUGCUCCGCCGCCCCGCUCGCUCGGAGGCUUCGCCACUGAGUCACCAUUACCUCGCCCAGCAAGGAGGAGCUGGUCGCGCUCGCUGCCCGGCUCUGGCAGAGGAGGAAGCGGCUGCUGGCCGCGGCCGGGCUGGCCCUCGCCAUGGGCCUCGUGCUGCUCAUCGCCGUCCCGCUGCUGCUGCAGGCGGCCCCGGAGAGCGCGGCGCACUACGAGAUGAUGGGCACCUGCCGCAUGAUCUGCGACCCCUAUAGCAGCGCCAGCGCCAGCGCCCGGGCCGGCGGCCCCAGCAGCACCGCCGCCGUGGAGGCGCUGCAGGACCUGAGCGCCAACCCCCCGCCGCCCUUCCUCCCGGGGCCCAAGGGGGAGCCCGGCCGGCCGGGCAAGCCGGGGCCCCGGGGCCCGCCAGGGGAGCCACCCGCCGGUCCCAGAGGGCCGCCCGGAGAGCGGGGAGACUCGGGCAAGCCGGGGCUGCCGGGGCUGGCGGGGGCCGGGGCUGGCGCGCCCGGGGCGGCAGGGGGCGGCGGCGGCCCCGGGCCGGGCGCCGCGGGGGAGGUGAGCGGGGCGCUGAGCGCGGCCUUCAGCGGCCCCCGGAUCGCCUUCUACGUGGGGCUGAAGAGCCCCCACGAGGGCUACGAGGUGCUCAAGUUCGACGACGUGGUGACCAACCUGGGCAACCACUACGAGCCGGCCACGGGCAAGUUCAGCUGCCAGGUGCGGGGCAUCUACUUCUUCACCUACCACAUCCUCAUGCGCGGCGGGGACGGCACCAGCAUGUGGGCGGAUCUCUGCAAGAACGGCCAGGUGCGGGCCAGCGCCAUUGCGCAGGAUGCCGAUCAGAACUAUGACUAUGCCAGCAACAGCGUGGUGCUGCACCUGGACUCGGGGGACGAGGUGUACGUCAAGCUGGACGGAGGCAAAGCACACGGCGGCAACAACAAUAAGUACAGCACUUUCUCUGGCUUCCUUUUAUACCCCGAUUAAAAGUGUGGCCGAUUGCAUUGUACCCACUGCCCUGCCACCGUCAGUUUCGCGUCGUUCUCAAUUUGUACAUUUGAUUGGUGGAAACAAACCAAGCGAGCCCCCCACCCCAGCCCUUGGUGUAUCUCUGUCCUUGUGUUUGUUACACCAUGAGAUCAGCUGCUUGAAACUGACCAGCACCUUAGUUCCAUGAGUGUAUAAAAGAUUCCAGGGUAAAACUGUCACUCACACUAAGUUAGAGCUUAUCAGUCUUGAUACAUUUUGCUUUAUUAUUAUCAUCUUGAUUGAUUGAUUGAUCUGAAGAGUGGGACUGAAUUAUUACAUGCACUGGUUCUUCUUAUGCUGUUUGUUUGUUUGUAUGGGCUCAAGUGUAACUUUCUUCUUUCCUUUUCCAUGCAAUACUCGGGUGAAUGAUGAUGUAAUGAACGUCAAGUCUCUGUUCCAGUCUGGCAAACAAUCUAACCACCA